AUGGCCAUGCAGGGAGUUAGCUUCAUCUCUAGAAGAAGUUCAUUGUGGGCUGAAAAGAGCACUGGCAUGGACUCCUGCAAGCACAGCUCUAGACUUCCGCGAGUGAUAGUGUGGUCUUCACGAGCAUUGUCGUUGCCAUUGCUUGCUUCAAGCGAGAUGGUGUCUGCGAACUUCCCGCCCGCGCGCCUCCCACCUCCCGCCCCGCGCGCCACCCGCGACCUCACGCCCCGCCCCGCGCCGCCCCACCUCCCGCACCGCGCCCGCCCACCUCCCGCGCCGCACCGCGCCGCCCCACCUCCCGCCCGCCCCGCGCCGCCCAUCUCCGCGCGCCGCCGCGCCGCCCCACCUCCCACACCCGCGCCGCCCACCUCCCCGCGCCGCACCGCGCCGCCCCACCUCCCCGCCCGCCCCGCGCCGCCCACCUCCGCGCCGCCCCGCGCCGCCCACCUCCCGCGCCGCCCCGCGCUGCCCACCUCCCGCACCGCGCCCGCCCACCUCUCGCGCCGCACCGCGCCGCCCACCUCCCGCUCCGCGCCGCCCCACCUCCCGCCCCGCGCGCCUCCCAUCUCCGCCCCCGCGCGCCGCCCGUGA